AUGACCUCCCUGCCCCAGGAACCCGAGAUAGGACAAGUAUCAGACUGGUUCGAAGAGCGCCCGAUCAACAAGGCCAAUCGCCAGAAGCUCGCCCAGAUGAUACGCGAUAAGGUGGUUAGGGAAGUUCGGAUGCUAGAUUACGCAUGUGGACCUGGAUUUCUCAGCAACAUCUUCGGGCCGUACGUGUCUUCGAUCCAUGCAGUCGAUGCGUCUUCUGCCAUGAUUGAGAGGUACAGAAACAAUAUGAACGAGUUCGGUCCUGGCCGCGAAAAGAUUGCAGCCAUUGUCGGAAACUUGUUGUUGGAGCCACCUGAACGCGCUCUUUUGGCUGAUGAAGAAUAUCAGAAUUUUAAUCUCAUCACAGUCGGGUCAGCUCUGCACCACUUUCCAUCUGCGGAAGAUGCUGUUCGACUUUUGGAUGGGCGGUUGAAGCCUGGUGGGGUGUUGUUCAUCCAGGAUCUGUAUAGCCAUUUGAGCAGCGAAGCUGUUCAGCAGUCAGGCCAAGUCAAACCCCCGCAAUACAAAGAGGGCGAGAUGAAAAAGCUCAUGGAAAAGGCUGGGCUGGGCGAUUUCAAAUUUGAGAUUUUACAGGAAAAUCUCGAGAUUGAGCUGCCGAGCGAAGAGGGUCAUGACGCAGGACUGCCCGCACCAUCGAAGCCCAGCCCACGAAAGCUCUUUGACCCUUUCACACCUAAACGGACCUACACCCCUACCCACACUGAAGACGCGAUACCACUCGCGAUCGACAGUGAAGCCCGACAGAAGACCCUCGCACCCGCCUCAUUUAUAGCAGACGCGUCUGCCCCGCCUGCUCCAGGGACGCCGCCUCCCCCACAUUAG